UCUCUCUUCUCUCUCUCUCUCACACACACACAUACUUGAGCAAAAUCAUCACAACAAUGAGCUUCUUCAUCGAACAUUCUGGUCUCAUAGUCACUCAACUUCUCUACAAAAUGGCUGUUCUCAUCACCGUCUUGAGAUGGAUUCUCGCAUGGAUCUUACGCUACCGAUCCAGAUCCAGAUCCACCGCGUCUUCCUCCUCCUCUUCCGCUUCUCCUUCGAUUUCUUCACAGGCAAUCAAGGAAAGCCUCUCCGUGACGACGUUCCGUGACGCGGCGGAGAGAUCUCCAGCGAUGAUCAACGACACCUGCGCGGUGUGUCUCGGAGAUCUGGAAGAUGGAGAUGAGGUUAGAGAGCUCAGGAACUGUAGUCAUAUGUUUCACCGUGAGUGUAUUGACCGGUGGUUGGAUUAUGAAUGUUGCGGUGGUGAUGAUAAUAAUGAAGCUGAGGAGGAUAACCACCGGACAUGUCCUCUUUGUAGAACUCCGCUACUUGCUGCUAAUACGACGUCGUGUGGUGAUUGGCCGGCGAAGAACGAACCUAGCUGGGCCGUUGAACGGCUUCUCUACCUCUUCGGAGAUGAUCUUCACGAAAAAGAGGAUUUUUUUAGGGAUUUCAUAGAGGAGAGGAGAAGUUUGUUCGUAUCAAUGGCAGCGAUACAGAUUCUGGAUCAGGUCGAUGAUUCCGCCGAUUCACUGAUUGAAUCGAUGCGUGGAGUUCAAAAUACGAUGGCUCUACUUCACUCGACGGUGGGUGACUUACUCAAUUCCAUGGCCGAGACAUUAAAAUCCAUGGCGGAGAUGAAAUCAGCACUUCUUCUUCAACCACCGACGGAACCAUCAUCAUCAUCGUCAUCAUCACAAGUUACGGUGAAUCAUGAAGACCUCCCAGCACCUCCAAAGCAACAAUCAACAACCGUGGUGGAUAACUCAAUCGACGAGAAAGACAAGUCUCGCGUCAUUCAUCUGAAGAAGGUCCAGGUCGAGAUGCCACAGAUUCAUACAUACUUGAGCAGAGGCUUACUGGAUCAAUAUGCACUAUCACAAGAGCGAUGGGAGCCAAUGCUGCUAUUGUUACGAUCACGGCAGCCUCGUCUAAAUCGAAACCAAUGGCUUAGUACUAAGAGGACAUUCCCUGUUACGUCCUCCAUCCCGCCAGACAAAUUUCAAGGUCUUAUAGAUCAAAUUGAAAAAUGUGUUGAUGUUGGAAAAGAAAGCCUUACUCAUGAGACGACCCAAAAUGCGGAGUCAAGUCUUGCAAACAAAUUGAAGCAGAGAGAGGAUGAAACUGAAAACUGUGUUGGUUUUGGAAGAGGAGGAAUCUUUACUAAAGAGACGGCCCAAAAUGUGGAGGCAGAUGUUGCAAAAAGAUUGAAGCGGAGAGAGGUGGACACAGAAAUUGCAUAUAAAGCAUUGGAUGAGCUUAGACAGUCUCUGGCCAACAAUGAUAUCUUGCUUAAGGAGAAGACAAUGGCUACAAUUAGACUUAUGGAAAAAUUGGAUGGUGGCCAAACCAGUCGCGAUUUCGGUAAUCUUGGUGAUAUUGUCAGCAUGGGAACUACUCUCUUAGUUAAAGAAACAGUAGAGUCUGCAGGAAGGGCUACAAAACAGUACAUUCUGAAUAAGAGUAGUCAGAAUCUGGAAUUCAGAAACAAAAUUAUUAUGAUUGCCGACAAGUUGUAUAAAUGGAUGUGCAAAUUGACUAAUAGUCCGGAGAAGGACAUUACCGAUUUAGACGAGGCUGCCGUGAUCGUAACAAUAGCAGCAUUGGCUCCCAUUGCUCUUGUGAUAGUGCAUAUUGAUUUCGAAGGUCUCAAUGUAAACUCAUGGAUUCUCAGAGCAGAACGAUACUUCAGGUUCGGUAGUUUCACAGAGACGGAGAAGAUUCGAUUAGCUUAUAUGAGUGUCGAAGGACCUGCUUUGAGUUGGUUUAACCUUUGGGAGAAUCGUAACCCUUUUGUUGAUUGGAAUGAUUUCAAAUCUCGUUUGUUACAGAGAUUUGGUGAUUUCAGAUCUGUUAUGGAACGAUUACUCUCUCUCAAACAGGUUGAUUCUGUUAUUGUUUAUCUUGGUGAAUUUGAAGAACUCUCGUCGCAGUGUUUGGAUGUCCCUGACUCUCUUCUGGAAGCUGUUUUCGUUAAAGGGCUUAAGGAUGAGAUUCAGGAAAUGCUUCGUGUGUUUCCACCAAAGGGGUUGAGAGAUAUCAUCAUGAUGGCUCGUAGAUUGGAGAAUAGUGCUUUUUGCCGUGUGAUUAAGAAUUCACAACUUACGGAUUCUGAGUUUGAAGAUUUACCUCUCCGGAGAACGAAACUCAACAGUUAGAUUCUUUACCCUUUUUGGUUCUUGAGGCUUUGUUUCUGUUAAUAGCUAUCUUCUAGGCUAUAGCAUUGAGUAUCAUAUCAGAGGAAACAGUUUCUAUUUCUGUGUUGGUUUGUUGUUUGAAGAUGGUUUCAUGGAUUCAUGCAAUUGCAACCUAUCUUAAUGGCUACACACCAAUCAUUACUUUCUUCUUUCAAGAUUGUUACUCUUUGGUAUAUUUUGUGGUAUCUGGGUUGCAUUGGAAAUGUUAUGACAUCUCUUUACUCAUGAUAUGCACAAUUUGAGAAAUCUUAAGAUGAGGACUUGCGAUCAUAUGAUAAUUUGGGUCAUAAGAUUCCAUCGGAUUAAUAAAAAAGGUUGUAAACU